UUCUCUCUCUACAAAUUAGAAGCUUUCUCUCUCUAAAAACAAGGUCCUCUCCACCUCCUCCUCGAAUCUCUCUCUUUUUCACACGCAUAGAAAGAGAUAGAGAGAGAGAGAGAGUGUGUGUGAACCAGUUUUCGGUUAAUGGAUUGGUUCUCUCUUCUACAAUUACAAGCAUCAUUUCUUGGUUCGAAGAAGUUUUGGGCUUUUUGUGGUGGUAAUGCGGUGGGAUGAGUGAUUCCUUCUUGUUACAUAGCUAAUGGCUACGGAAUCGUCUUUUGAGGGUGUUACACUUGAUCCUUCUAAAUGCAGUAAGUUGAGUAUGGAGGAAAAACGGGAACUUGUAUAUGAAAUAUCUAAGUGGUCUCAUGGUGCAUCCGAGAUGCUGCAGUCAUGGAGCCGUCAAGAGAUUUUGCAAAUAUUGUGUGCGGAGAUGGGAAAAGAAAGGAAGUAUACUGGGCUGACAAAGUUGAAAAUUAUAGAAAACCUUUUAAAAAUUGUUUCUGAAAAGAAAUCAGGAGGCCAUGAAAUUGCAUCAGACCCUGAACCACAUUCUUUUUCUGCACAUGGUCAGAAACCAGCUAAAAGGCAGAGAAAAAGUGAUAAUCCAUCUCGAUUGCCUGUUCCUGAGAACAAUGUUUCAGACAAUAAUGGCGGUGAUGUGGGUAAUAGUAAUACCACAUACUGCAAAAACUCAGCUUGCAAAGCUACACUAAAUCAAGCAGAUGCAUUCUGCAAAAGGUGUUCAUGCUGCAUUUGUCAUCAAUUUGAUGACAACAAAGACCCUAGCCUAUGGUUAAUAUGUAGCUCUGAGACUCCUUUUCCUGGUAUUUCUUGUGGCUUGUCAUGCCACCUUGAGUGUGCUUUAAAACAUGAUGGUUCUGGAAUUGGCAAAGAUGGUGAGCGUCCUAAGCUUGAUGGAGGCUUCUACUGUGUAUCUUGUGGGAAGAUAAAUGAUUUACUCGGAUGCUGGAGAAAACAACUGACAGUAGCGAAGGAUGCCAGACGUGUAGAUGUACUCUGUUAUCGCGUCUCCUUAAGCCAGAGACUUCUACAAGGGACUGAAAUGUAUCAAAAACUUUAUGAAAUUGUUGAUGAAGCCGUGAAGAAACUUGAACCUGAAGUGGGUCCACUGAUUGGCUCACCAAUGAAGAUUGGUAGGGGGAUUGUGAACAGGCUUUCGUCAGGACCCGAGGUUCAGAAACUCUGUGGUUUUGCUCUGGAAUCACUUGAUUCACUGCUUUCUAAAAGGAUCUUGCCUUUGUCACCUAAUCCAACAAUUCAAGAUGCACAUUUGCUGGCUCCAAAUAUUGUGAGGUUUGAAAAUGUCACUGCAACAACCCUUACUGUUAUUUUGGGUUCUGAAGAUCGUUCUGGAGAAAAUAUUGCGGGUUACACCUUGUGGCAUCGCAAAGCUGAUGAUGCGGACUAUCCAGUGGACCCAACUUGCACUAUGCUCCUACCAAGUAGAAGGUUCAGUAUCAGAGGUCUUAUUCCAGCUACAGAGUACAGUUUCAAAGUUGUUUCCAAUGAUUCGAGGGAGUUGGGUAUGUGUGAAGUUCAAUUCUCAACAGAGCAUGGUGAGGAUGAAGUCCCUAAUUGCUCAGCAACAGAAAGGAGUCAGAGCCCAGUAACCAACUGUAGCAGCCUUUCCAAUCCGUCAUCAGUGGAAGACGAAACUAAUAACAGUAAUCCAUACAGUGACCAGACUGAUAAUCGAGCCGAUAAUUACCAUUCGUAUCACAAGGAUAGUAACCAGCUUGCUUCUGGAAAUUUAUCUAAUGGUGCUAUUAACUGUUCCAAUAUAGUUCCCACGGAUGCAGAUUCUUUGUCAGACAAGCAGAAUGCUGUAGGAAUGGCUGUCUCCAUACCUAGUUCUGAUAUAUUAAAGCUUGAAAACAAGCAUUCAUCAGAGGAACAAGUCACUGAGGAAAUGAGCACUGAUGAUGGUUUGAAUUCCCCAGUACUAACGGGGAGGGAAUGUGUGCCAUUAAUCGGUAGUGCAGAAGGAGGCUUGCCUAAUACUCCAUGCAAGUUGGAAUUACUGAAGGAUGGACCAGGAAGAAAUGGGAGAUCUAAAACCAGUGGCAAAGAUCUAGAAAAUGGAUCCGGGAAAAGGGAGGGACCCCAAGAUGGAAGCACAUCCAAGAAGAGAAGUGGGGAAAGGCAAGACGAAGGUGGUGCAGCCAAUGGUUUUUCAGAUAGGGAUUUUGAGUAUUAUGUGAAGGUGAUUAGAUGGUUAGAGUGUGAAGGACACAUAGAAAAGAACUUCAGACAGAAAUUUCUGACUUGGUACAGCUUAAGGGCAACCCCUCAAGAAGUAAGGAUUGUGAAAAUAUACAUUGAUACAUUCCUUGAAGAUCCAGCAUCUCUUGCUGAGCAACUUGUUGACACCUUCUCAGAAUGUAUAUCAAGCAAGAGAACAUCAGUGGUGCGGGCAGGGUUCUGCAUGAAGCUUUGGCACUGACCAUAUUUUGUAGGUCCAGUUUGAAGCCCCUCCAGGGUUGUGAAUUGUGAUGCAGUAAUUCUUUAGAUUUCUAUUAUUCUUCAUUUAGACAGUUAUCAAAUAUAUUUAUUUCAUCAUUCUCAUUCAUAUGAUGAUGUAAGAACUUUAUAUUUACUUUUAUAAAUACAGUUACUAUUUCA